AUGACCAAGAAACGGCGGCACCGCCGCUGGGGGGGUGGCGGGGGAAAGCAGCGCUGUUUUUCCUUCGGGAUUCCUUUGCCCGGUGCGAAGGCACCUCCCCGCUUCGAGUCUCUCUGGAGCCGGCACCAGCCGCGACUUGUCACCGACCCCCGCGGCCCCCUCCGCCCCCCGGGCAGGGGCGGCCCGAGGCCCGCGGGCAGCCGGCACCCACCUCGGGGGCCGAGGCAGCGGAGGGGACAGCCGCCUUGUGCGGCCCCUCUCCGGCCCGCAGCCCGGGCUGGCCGGUCCCCGGCACCGCGCCCACCGCCUAACUUUUCCGAGCGGACGCCCGCCGGCCCUGGCUCUGCCCCGUUGCCGCCGCGAACGCCCCCCGCCGCGCUCCGAGCAGGUGCGCAGCGCCGCCCUGCCCCGGCUCCCCGUCCCCCGGCCGGGCUCUGA